UAGCAUAGGAAAACGAUCUACCCAGAAUGCUACAUUCAUGAUGAUUGUAUGAAAGCAAGCAGAUACUGAGAGACAAAAAUGAAUCCAAUUGAUCAAAAGCCGUUUGUACUCACCUACAAGUCAGAUGAAAUAGAUCGCUUGGCACACAGAGCUAUAGAUGGAGUCAGAAGCAACAAAAUACGACCUGUUGAUUAUGAAAAAUUACGAAACAUUGCUGCAGAGAAGAAAUUUUCAGCACACAAAACUUUGUUGAAAGUGAAAAAGUUUGAACAUCUGUCCAAGCAGAAUAAAGAGAAUAAUCUAUUAAAGCAGCACAAAAUGGUGUGGCAGAAAGAGUUUAUAAAGCUGAACAGUUUAAGAAAGAGAACACAGGCUGAUAUAGACAAUCAUAUCAGAACUAAUGCAGCUGAUACAGGAAUUUGUGCACAGAUUUAUCAGGAGUUUGAGGAGUGCCAGUCUCGUCUUGAUGCAGAGUUUGCCACUUUUAAGAAAUCUACGACAGAACCAGUCUGGAAUUUAAGAGAGGAUUUACAGUUCUGGCUACAGGAAAACAUGGCUGAUCUGAGACUUGGUGCUCCAGAAACUGUGGAAAAGCAUAAAGAGAUCAAGUCAAUGGUGGACUCAGUCAAGGCACAACAACAGCAAGUUUUAGAGAGAUUGAAGCAUGAGCAGAUCUGUUUAGAACAGGAACUGAAAAUUGGUGAGCAUGGAGAAAUGGGAAGCGCUAACCUCUACCGUCGACCACACAUUCAACAAGGUAUACCAGAAAAGGCAUUUGAUAUGGAAUGUCCAGAUGAAGAUCUAAAAGCCAAUGUCCUAAAAGAAUUUAUAUUUAUAGACGAGAAGUACCUGGAAAGAUUAAACAAUUUAGAAGAAGAUCAUGAAUGGACGUUAAGUCAUGGACAGUAUGGAGGUUGGGAUGAAAUGGAUCACACUAAUUUUGUUGUUAUCUACGAUCAAUACACAUAUGAUCUUGCUAACAGGCGGAUGUUAAUUAUUGACAGAAUUAAAAGACAGGUGCCGGGAAAAACAAGGGCAGAUAUCGUGGAACACGAACAUUGGUGGGACACAUACAGAUUUUUCAACCAAAGAAGUAAAGCCAUUAUGUCAGACUGGAAACGAGACAGAGAAGAACUUCUGGAGAAGGCGAGAGCUGUUUUCACUGAGGCUUGUGUAGCUCAUGAGCUGGAAGAAGUAAAACUUGAAUAUACAAAGAAACAGGAAGCUUUGAGAGAUGCCCUUUAUAAUCAGGUGAAACAAUGGCGAGAACAUAAAAUGGAAGUACAGCGUAUACAUGAAGACAUGUGGAAUCAACAAAAGGAGGAAUUACAGAAGAAAUUGAAUGAACAGCAAGAGAAAGAAACAAAACGAAGAAAUGAGGACAAAAAGCAGAUAAAGGUGUUUCAAAAUGAUAGAGAAGAGAAGAAAAGGCAGAGAGAAGAAGCGGAUAGGAGAAGAUUGGAGGAGUUACAGCAAGCUCUAGCAGAACAAGCAGUGUUUGAUAGAGAAAGAAUACAGUAUAGAGAAGAACAGAUACAGAGGAAGAUUGAAGAGAGGAAGUUCAAAGAGGAAGAAAAGGAUUUGGAAGAAAGAGAGAAGGAGUAUAGGCUUGAAAUGUUAAGGGAAAAGGUUCGAGUUGUAGCAGAAAGUAAUCCAGACCGAAUGAUGUCCCAGACACAAGCCUGGCAGUCUAGGCUAAAGGAAGAUGACACAGUCUAUAUUCAAAAACCAUUGUUUGAUGUGCAUGGUUUUACUGCCUCACAGGUCACAUCAGACAACAGAGUGAAACUAGAACAGAAGUUACGAGAGGCAGGGCUGCACACGUCAAACUAUGCAAGACAGAUGCUUAAAAAGGUGGCGCCACCACAGGCACCUAGAAGAGAUAUGGAAUCAAACGUCUUCAAAUUUGAAUAAAAAUUGGCAUUUCUUAGGAAAAAAUAGGGUUUUAAAAAUCCAUAAUGUCUGAACAGUGAAGUAAAACAAUCAGAAAAAGACAACUAAAUGUUCAGCUUGCCUUAAAAUAGUUAAGUUGGUAUUAAACCCUGUGUACUGACUGAAACACACAGAUUUUCAAACAUAGUGCGUAAUGUAAAGAAAACACUACAAGAAGUUUUAUUAAGUGCUGAAUUACUAUUAGUAUGCUGUACCUUUCUUGCAUUAAUUUUGCUUUUUGUCAAAUCUCAGGUUCAUUACAGACUUCAUGUAAACAUUACCCUACCUCUGGCUUAACAGACAUAAUUAUUAUGGUUAAUACCACGGAUUGAAGCAAAUCAUUUAGAGGUGUGGUUGUUUGCCAAUAUUUUGUUGUGUUAUUUCUAGUCUGAAAUGUUUAAUUACAGUUUCUCCUUCACGUACCUGUUUACAUAGUUAAAAUGGUAGGAAGCUAUUACUUUGAGUUUAUUCAUCUUUUGGUACAUUGUGCUGCUCUCAACAAAAAACUGCUUGAAAAUAAGUUUUUACUUCACAAAACUCAAAAUUAUUACUUAGCAGAGGUCUAAAGUAUUUUUUUCUUCUGCCUAUGAUCAUGCACAUUAAGUGACAUCACACUUAAAACAUAGCAUUUCUGUGAUAAUUUGUGCUAAUAUUUAUAAGCUAGGAGGUUGUACAUGUACAAUACUAAAUAUUGAGUGCUGUUUUGUAAUAAUUAAAGUACAAUGUAAAUGAAAUAUAUACAUGUAUGUUUGACACAAAUGC